UUCAACAAGAGCGCCAACCCAAAAAAUCCACCUCCAAGCAUCAUGAAAUUCGCCGUCGCUAUUGUCCUCACCCUGGCCCUGGCCAUGGGCGUCCAGUCCUCCGUGAUCCCUCUGCUGUCGCAAGUGGCCGGACAUGGUCUGUCCUACACCGCCGUCUCUGGACCCGCUGUGGUGGCCUCCCCCUGGGCUGUUCCCGCUGCCCACUGGCCCGCCGCCGUCUCCGUGGCUUCUUGGCCUCCGGCAGCUGUCCAUGCCCCCGCUGUGGUGGCUGCCGCUCAUGCCCCCGCUGUGGUGGCUGCUGCUCAUGCUCCCGCCGUGGUUGUGGCUCCCGUUGCCCAUGAGGGCGUCUACACUGCCCAGACCCGCGGAGCCAUCCACACCGCUCCUCUGGCCGGACACAUCCAGUCGGUGGCUUCCAUCAACGCUGCUCCUGCCCCCGGAACUCUGUAAGGAGGAUUCUGAAUCUGAAUCCACACCUGAACUGAUCGGACCCCUGCCGCUGCCCUUUGGAAACUGCCAUCGCCUACACCACUGCUUUGUAAAUACAUUGUAUAUAUAGUCCUAUAUAUAGACAGGGUACUCGCACCUAGCACCUGAACAGGAGCUACUUCCACAGCCACCAAAAUUCCCUUUCGAACCGAGCACUCCUUCUCUCGCUUACCUAUUUAUUUAGCAUACAUUUUCCAAGCUUUCCUGUGAGAAGAAAACCUAUCAGCAUUGAACUUUCCUUCGAAGGAAGUGCCAAGAGCAUUGCCGACGAGGAAAUGUUGGAACAUUUUGCAAAUAAAGAAAAUGUUAAUAAAA